AUGUUAGCAAUCUCAACGAUAUUUCUUCUAUUUCUUUGCACCAAUACCAAUGCUCAUACAAAUGAUGACAGACCGAACUUUUACCCACCUUUGUGGCAUUUAGUUCCAUCAUCUAUAGAUGAAUUUCCAUUGAUCAACGAAUCAGUAGUGCAAUACCGAUUAAUCGAUCCAUGGUUCUAUCCUCAUCGACUUGGCCUAUUCAAGAUUCUGGUCAAUGUCACCACACCAUAUAUGCCAUUUUGUUCAUCAUCGAAUGCAUCGAAUAUACUUUUUGCGUUACCAUCUCAAUUCGGUUGGUUGUUCAGUUCGAAUCGUUUGUUUACGAAUGGAACAAUGUACAUGUCAACGGAUAGUUGGUGGGCAUCGGCAAAUUACUAUCUAUCCGUAGUACCAUUUCUUGCUGCUGUAGAUGUCGGUUUGAUUGAAAAGGCAACAUUUCGAAUUAUUCAACAGGAGAACUUCUGUUCGAAUUCUGCUCAAUGUUUCCAACAAAUUCCAAAUGCAAUGAAUCAAUGGCAUUUGUUUUUUCGUCGUCUUCGACAUCCGGAAUCUUGCACUGCUAAGAAAAAACUUACUCCACGCACUAUUGAUGAAUGUUAUUUGGAACCAAUAUGGUCAGCGUAUAAAAUGUCAAUAUAUGAUAGUUUGCCACUAGUCGAAUCGAAAUUACAAUAUUUACCUUCUGAAGUGGAAAAGAUGUUUGGUCUCGGAUGGGCAAGACUACUCCAUUUGAUUUCGAUGACAAGGAAAAACACGAAUCUCUACGAAACACUGAAAAAUCAACGAAAAUUCUUACCAUUUCGAAUGUUAACAUCAUUGGAUCGAGCAGCAGAUUCCAAUGAUUUUCCCGAUUCAGUCAAUCAUUCAUUAAAAAUCCUCCUCACACUUCGUUUCGAUUGGUUAUCCUUCAUUGAAUACUUUUGGCAAAAGUUGACGUGCACUUAUGAAGGAAGAGUCUAUGCUCAACAAAUACUGGAAGUAAUGUCUGUGUCCAAAUUGCUUGCUUUUCAUUAUUUAGUUAAAGCAAGUAUAAAUGCGCUGAUAGAAAAAUGCGAGUCUGUGCCACAUGUUUGA